CACCAUUGAAAACUGCCGAAUGUCUGUAGAGACGCUCAACCAUCCGACCGACGGGCGGGGUAACUCCGACCGCUAAGCCCGACAACACCAGCCCUAAUCCGCAACAGCCUAGCAUUGCAAUCAACUUUCCCCUCCCUAAUCACCGAUUAGCGCCCAUAACUGCAGCUUGGCCUGGGGGUCACAUCACAGCGCGGGCGUGCGGCGGAGCAAACCUGAAGACGAACUCCGCAAGCAAACUUCAGAUGGCCAGGUAUAAAGCCUGGGAUCGUCCAGCUUGAAGCACUAUCAUUCUCAUUCGCAUCAUCAACACUUCCCCCUUCACCUCCCAUUGCAUUGCUCCAUCGCCCACUCAACAAGAUGAACCCCGUCAACACCAAGCCCUACCAGCUCCCGGCCGAUGCAACCUGGUUCAUAACCGGCUGCUCCAGCGGUAUCGGCCGCGCGCUGGCCACGCGUGUCGCUGCUCAACGCGGCCACCGCCUCAUCGCGACCGCCCGCAACCCUGCCAGCCUCUCCUACCUGCCCGACGACAACCCCUCGAUCCUCAAGCUCGCACUGGACGUGACCUCCCCCGAGGCGGUGGACGCCGCCUUCGAGGCCGCGGCAGCCCACUUCGGGGACAGCUCCUAUAUCGACGUGCUGGUCAACAACGCAGGCUACCCGCUGUCCGGAGACAGCGAGGCCGUGACCGAGGCGGAGAUGCACGACGAGUUCGAGACCAACUUCUUCGGGACGGUGCGCGUCGCCCUGAAGGCUGUGGCGGUGAUGCGGCAGUCGCCCACGCGCCGCGGUGGGCUCAUCUUCAACGUCUCCUCCGUGGCGGGCGUGUGCGCCUUCCCGGGCCAUGCCUUCUACCACGCCAGCAAGUUCGCAGUCGAGGGGUGGACCGAGUCGGUGGCACGGGAGGUGCACCCUGAUUGGAACAUCAACUUCUGCAUCGUCGAGCCCGGCGCCGUCAAGACCAACUUCGAGACGACCAGCAAGAAGCACAUCAAGCCGCACGAGGCCUACGCCGCGCCCGAUCUGCCAGCCAGGCAGCUCGAGGUGUUUGUGAAGAAGGGGCUCGAGGCGGGCGUCGGGGUGCAGCCCGAGCAGGUGGCGCAGGUGUUGUAUCAGGUGGCGGCCCGCGGCGAGAAGGUGCCGCUGUGGUUGCCGCUGAGCGGGACGGCCAUCAUGCUCAUCACGGCCAAGCUGAACGGCAGACUGCAGGAGCUGGAGAGUAACAAGGAGUUGAGUGCGAUUGAUAAGGACCAGGCCCAGUUCAAGCUUAACUAG